AUGGCUCAAGAGGAGGUGCAGGAUCUACUUGCCGCAGCUGCUUUCACAAACUGUCAUUCCAUUCCGAAGCCACCAGCCAAAAGUGUUGCUGAGCAAGAAAAACAACUUGCUAAGCUUGAGGAGAAAUACUCUCGUAUUCAGCUCACUAAUGUCGUUGAGAAGUUUGGAGAUGAUAAGCAAAUCGCGAUAUCCAGAGAGGCCGAGCUUAUGACUAAGGAACGACUUUGUUGUGGAUUAAACAUUUUCGAAAUGUUCUUGAGGAGGAUUCGACAGAUGCUUGGAGAUGACUCGAUUUUCACUGGUGGGUAUCCCACAAAUGGAGUGAUGUGGGUCGAUGAAUGUGUAGAAUUUCAUCGAGUGUGGUCUGCUCUUCAGUUCUUCAUAUGCCAACCUCGAGUCUCUGACGACGACAGGCUUGUGGAAGAACUUUUCGGCGAUUCCCUGCAGUGGGCCGGCAUGACGAUAAUAGCUCUUUUGGGACAACAUAGACGCUUUGAAGUUCUCGAUUUCUGCUAUCACCUUCACCGAAUUCAGAAAUUUGAUGGAAAGGAUGAGACUGUCAAUGGAGUUCGCCUCAGCCGUAUGUGGAAAGAAUCCGACGUUUUCAAUUGUUGA